AUGGCAACAGAUGAUGAUGACGAUGGGAUGACGUUUUCUAAUUUAUUGCAUGGUGUUUCUUCUCAAGGAGUAGAUGAUGAUGAGAGUUCAGUGGAUAUUUAUGAUGGAUUAGACAGCUCUCCAGUUAUUUCUGUCAAACCUGCUACAAAACUGACCACAUCAAUAAGUAGUUUAAACCUAUUCGAUGAGAUCCUGAUUGAAGAAGGAACAGCAAAGGAAGCUACUUACAAUGAUUUGCAGGCUGAACAUGAGAAAUGUCAGCAACAACUUCAAGAGUUGACAAGGAGGUUUCAGCAAAUACAAGAACAGAACUCUGCUCUGCAAAAUGAAAACCAGUCUCUUAAAAAGAAUAUUUCCGCUCUUCUAAAAACAGCUAGAGUGGAAAUUAAUCGCAAGGAUGAAGAAAUUAAUAGUCUCCAGCGAAGGUUAACAGAAUUUCAAGUUCAUCCGAAUAGAACAUACUUCCCAGCAUCAACUAAUAAUGCAAGAAACUUUGAGGGAUCAAAACUGAAAAAUAAAUUCAGAGAUUUAGUUCCAGAGAACAAUUCAAGAACCGAUUCUAGAACUACCCAAGCCCUGCCUAAGGACAAACCUUGCGGUUAUCCACCUUGGGGUACAGAAAAUAAGAAAUUGCUUCCAGAAAAAGGAGACACUCUAAAUGAUGACCGGGAGAUUCUAUUGGAAUGUCAGAAGAAAGGACCUUCAGGAAAAACAUUUGCUUCUGUUGCUGUCAGGUUAAAUAAAAGUCCAGCUCAGGUUGAAGAAAGAUUCAAGCAGUUGCUGAAACUUUUCAAGAUGUCAAACUGCAGCUAG